AUGGGGAUGUACCAAAGCUCCCAGUACAGGAGUAAGGCAGGUGAGAGGCCACUGAUAUGUUCUGAGUGUGGGAAAUGUUUUACAUACAAAUCACAACUUGUUAAUCAUCACGGAAGUCACACAGGUGAGAAGCCAUUUCCAUGUUCUGAGUGUGGGAAAUGUUUUGCACUUAAAUCACAUCUUGUUAGACAUCAGAGAAGUCACACAGGUGAGAAGCCAUUUUCUUCUUCUGAGUGCUGGAAAUGUGUUACACAAAAAUCACAACUUGUUACCCAUCAGCAAAGUCACACAGGUGAGAAGGCAUUCCCAUGUUCUGAUCACACAGGUGAGAAGGCAUUUCCAUGUUCUGAGUGUGGGAAAUGUUUUACACAGAAAUCACAACUUGUUAGACAUCAGAGAAGUCACACAGGUGAGAAGGCAUUUCCAUGUUCUGAGUGUGGGAAAUGUUUUGCACACAAAUCAGUUCUUGUUAGACAUCAGCGAAGUCACACUGGUGAGAAGCCAUUUCCAUGUACUGAGUGUGGGAAAUGUUUUGUAAGUAAAUCACAACUUGUUACACAUCUGCGCAGUCACACAGGUGAAAAGCCUUUUCCAUGUUCUGAGUGUGGGAAAUGUUUUGCAUGUAAAUCAGAUCUUGUUAUACAUCACAGAAGUCACACAGGUGAGAAGCCAUUUUCUUGCUCUGAGUGUGGGAAAUAUUUUACACGGAAAUCACAACUUGUUACCCAUCAGCAAAGUCACACAGGUGAGAAGGCAUUUCCAUGUUCUGAGUGUGGGAAAUGUUUUGAACACAAAUCACAUCUUGUGAGACAUCAGAGAAGUCACACAGGUGAGAAGCCAUUUUCUUGCUCUGAGUGUGGGAAAUGUUUUGCACACAAAUCAGUUCUUGUUAUACAUCAGAGAAGUCACACAGGUGAGAAGCCAUUUUCUUGCUCUGAGUGUGGGAAAUGUUUUACACGGAAAUCACAACUUGUUACCCAUCAGCAAAGUCACACAGGUGAGAAGGCAUUUCCAUGUUCUGAGUGUGGGAAAUGUUUUGAACACAAAUCACAUCUUGUGAGACAUCAGAGAAGUCACACAGGUGAGAAGCCAUUUUCUUGCUCUGAGUGUGGGAAAUGUUUUGCACACAAAUCAGUUCUUGUUAUACAUCAGAGAAGUCACACAGGUGAGAAGCCAUUUUCUUGCUCUGAGUGUGGGAAAUGUUUUACAUACAAAUCACAACUUGUUUCCCAUCAGCAAAGUCACACAGGUGAGAAAGCAUUUCCAUGUUCUGAGUGUGGGAAAUCUUUUGCACACAAAUCAGUUCUUAUUAGACAUCAGCGAAGUCACACAGGUGAGAAGUAAUUUCUUUACUCUGAGACAUAAA